AUGCGCAAGACCGCCUGCAACCGAGCUCAUGUCUGUUUCAAUCCCGUGUCAUUCCGUGCUGUGGAUCGCUUUGCUGAGCAAUCGCUUCAGAGCCAUGAGAGCCUAAGAGAGCCCAAUGAAGGUUUUGCCUCUUUGGGAAAGGAUGCCAAGAAAGCAGGCUGGGUCCAGUCCGAGACGAGACGUGAGAAUGCUGGAGCUGUCCGAUAUCCUCACGUGCGACCUGUCCUAUCAGGUGGAGAGAAGAAGAAGCGCAAGGAGAAGGAUGGUGGCCUGCGAAAGGAGAAAAAGACCUCGCAGGAUUAUUGA